AUGACUGAUCUCAACUGGUGUACAUUCUGUGAUAAUGCUGUAAGCCCCUUUUCUGAGUCUCUCUAUUGCAGUGAGCAAUGUCUACGUGCUGAUGCCCUUCGAAAUCACCCAUUGUUGGGUUACACAUACCCUGAAUUUACUGAUUUUCCUCGACCCAACAACCAUCAUAACCACAACCACAUCCAUCAUGACACUACGCAUCAGAACAACUCUAAAACAACCCCUUCAUCCUAUUCAAAUUAUUCAUCGGCAUCUGUUUCUCCUGCUCUAACUGCUACAUCAUCGCACACAAGUGGAUCAUCCAUUCAAUUAUCGUCCCCACCCAAGUUUGAUUUGCUCUCCAACUCAACUUGCCUGCCUCCCAUCACUACUACCACCACUGCUAAACCUACCCAUUUCAACUACUUUUCGAUAUUUGAUACCACUACAACAGCUUGA